AUGCUUCACCAAACUCACCUUCCUCUUUCACCCUUCAAUUCUUUCACUACACCCUCCUCUCCAUCUUCUCUUCACCCCUCUCCUCAAGUUGUAACAAAAAUGGAGUGUGUGAAUUCAGAAACAACUUCCUCGGAUUUUCAUGUCCAAAACAUAGCUCCUGUUGAUGAUUUCUCUGUCGAUGAUUUCCUCAACUUUUCCAAUGAAGAAGAACAAGAACAAGAACAAGACAUUCUCCAACAACCUCAACAAGAACAAGACAUUCUAGAAGAAAAACAACAACAAAACCAUUUCCAAGAUAAUACCCAAACUCAAAAUGACAUUUCACACCCUAUAAUCAAUAACCACUUUGAAUCAUUACCAACUACCGAACUCACCGUUCCGGUAGAAGAAGCUGCUAACUUAGAAUGGUUAUCUUAUUUCGUUGAAGAUUCCUUCUCACAAUUCUCCAUGACAGAGAAUCAUCAUCUUCUUCAACCAAAGGCUCCUCAACCAAAACCUACUUCAACGCCGUGUUUCAAAACUCCGGUACCGGGGAAAGCGAGAAGCAAGAGAACAAGAACCGGAGUUCGUGUGUGGCCAGUUUCGCUAGUCGAUUCAUCUUCAACUUCAAGCUCCACUGCUCUUUCCUCCUCUUCCUCGCACCUCGAGGAAUGUUCGAAGCCGCCGGAGAAAAAACCGAAGAGGAGGAUGGGUUCAAUGGACGGCGGCGAAGGGAGAGGUCUGCUGCGGCGGUGCAGUCAUUGUGGUGUUCAGAAAACUCCUCAGUGGCGAACCGGACCGGCUGGACCGAAAACGCUCUGUAACGCAUGUGGUGUUCGUUACAAGUCGGGUCGGUUGUUACCCGAGUAUAGACCCGCUUGUAGCCCCACCUUUUCGAGGGAAAUGCAUUCUAAUCAUCACCGGAAAGUUCUGGAGAUGCGGCGGAAGAAGGAGGUUGUUCCCGGUUCGCCACUUCAUCCGGCUGCUCCCGGUUCUUGA